CUCCACGCAGAUCAUACCACAAUAUCUUGAUACCCCCUGUUUAAUUCCAAUCCUAUAAUGAAUAAUAGUCAAACCUAGUGGCUCACCCGCAUACUCCCCCCUUUUGUUUCGGAAUUCCGACCCGACUCCGAUCGACAGUCAAAAUUUCACAAUCCUCCCCCGUCGGUCGCGUCCUGAACACACCACCCCCCCAGAACGCCACGGCUGCCUGAAUAAUACUACCAGACAUGGCGGAACCUCCAGCGAAACGUGCUCGACGGGUCGAUAGCUCGACAAUGUGGGAUAUGAAUGAUGGGAAUACGCGCUCUCCAGAACCGGAACUCGGAGUGACCAGAAGUCCUCGGCGGGACCGGGAUGAUGUCCGUCGCGACGAUCGGCGAUAUCGCUCGCGUUCCAGAGAUCGUAGAGACAAACGGCGAGAUCGUUCCAGGUCCAGAGACCGCCGCGACCAUGACCGUGACCGGGGGAAUAGAGAUAGAGACGGCAGGGGAAUGAGAGACAGAGAGAGGAGCCCCAGUCGGGAAAGACAUCACGAGAGGCGAGGGAGAUACCGCGAUCGUUCCCGAUCGCCAAUCCGCAACGGGAACAGAGAUGCAUCGAGGACACCGCCGCCGCGAGGCCCACGAGGGGACCGUCGAGGGGAUCGCAGGGAUAAUCGGACACAGAAACAAGAGAUGUUAGACUCGAAGCCCGACAUUCGAUCGAGGGACUCGAUGGAUAUGGAUGUCGAUGAUACCGGGGAAGAUGAUAUCGAUGCGAUGAUGCGCCGCAGCAUGGGUUUUACGAGAUUCCGGACCACCAAGAACACCAAAGUUCCCGGGAAUGAUGUCUACGGAGUGCGGAAGGAGAAGAAGACGGAGUACAGACAGUACAUGAACCGUGUCGGAGGUUUCAACCGGCCGCUCAGUGGCGGUAUCAUCGGCUGCUGCUCAGCGUAUUACCUGACCAGACACCCGUCUUUCGACCCCUCCCGCCACUCCGUGACUCUCCUCGAAGCGAGCGAGAUCGCAGGCGGGGCGUCUGGCAAGGCGGGCGGUCUGCUGGCACAAUGGGCAUAUCCCAGUAGCAUCGUGCCACUGAGCUACAAAUUGCACACCGAACUCGCGCAAGAACACAAUGGAAAAGACCGGUGGGGCUACAGGGAGGUGAACUGCGGCCAGCUAGUGGCACGGGGGCGGCCGCUCAGUCAACAGAAUAAGACGAGCGGGGAUGAGCACAAGUCCCUCGAAAAGCGCAGCGCGGCGGCCUUGGGCAAGCUGAAAUCUGCCAAAGUCCCUGCUGACUUGGACUGGAUUGAGCCGGAACUGUUGAGAGGCUACGAGAGUAUGAGUGGUCCCGGGGAGACCGCCCAGGUCCAUCCUUAUCUCUUUACGACGUCGAUGGCGAGACUGGCGGAGGAGAAGGGCGCGAAGAUUACGCUCGGGUCGGUCACCAAUAUCGGUUACGAAGGCGAUGCCGUCCAGUCAGUCACGUACUCGGACAAGCAAUCGGGCGAGUCGCAAACUAUCCCGGCGACAGAUGUUGUCAUCUCUGCUGGGCCGUGGACCCAGUCCGUCAUGCCGGAAGCUCCCAUCACGGCGAUGCGCGCGCAUAGCGUCGUUAUCCGACCUACGCGACCUGUCAGCGCGUACACGCUUUUCACUAACAUCGAAAUCCCUGCCAAUUUCGACCCGUCGAAGCCCUCGCGUCCGACGGUCGCUGCGCCAGAGAUCUACGCGCGCCCUGACGCUACGGUCUAUGCCUGUGGCGACGGUGACCAGACCGUCCCACUCCCGGCCACCUCAGCCGAUGUCGAGGUGGACCUAGAGAGAUGUCAGGAUAUCAUCAACGAGGUUGGGAGUGUGUCUGACGAGCUGCGCGAUGGGGAGAUUUGCGCGCGCCAGGCUUGCUACCUGCCCAAUAUUCGCGGAGGCCCAUUGAUCGGUCACGCUGGAGCCAAGGGCUUGUACCUUGCGGCUGGACACACAUGCUGGGGUAUCCAGAAUGCCCCUGGCACUGGCAAGGUGAUCAGUGAGUUUGUGUUUGAUGGGGGGGCGAAGAGCGCAAAGAUUGGCGCCCUUGAUCCGCGGAAAUUCAUAUAGACCCAAGGAUACGUCGAUCAUAUAUAGCCUACUAGCUUUAAAAUGCUUCCAUACAUUCUAUGAUGUC